ACCGCCCACCGGUUCAGUUGAUCACUACAAUAAACCCAUCAUAAUUACAAGUUUUACAGCAAUUCAUCCUUGACCACCUGCAUUUAGCUUCCAAGAUGAACACUCUGUUCAUGGUUUCUAGUUCUACCAUCUUCUUCUUCCUCCUUACAGGAUUUUACUUUUCAACAUUCUUCAUGCUAACAUGUAUUGGAUUCAUGGUCCUGUUGGCGGUUGCACCCGUGGCUGUUGUAUUUGUACCUUACUUCAAAGAACUCAUGUCAAACGAUCACCGGCCACCUGUUGUUGGAUCGAUUUUUAGUAUGCUGAUACACAUCAACGACCUUUUCGAUCAUAUCACCUCGAUUGCAAAAAUCCAUCACACCUUCCGUUUUGUCAAACCAACACACAGUGAAGUCUAUGUUGCUGAUCCUAUCAACGUCGAACACAUUCUUAAAACUAACUUCCAGAACUACACCAAGGGGGAUUACCACAAAGGGAUAAUGGGAGAUCUUUUCGGGAAAGGGAUAUUUGCAGCAGAUGGAGAUGUAUGGCGUCACCAGCGGAAGCUAGCAAGUCAUGAAUUCUCAACUAAAGUUCUCAGAGAUUUCAGUACUGUUGUUUUCAGGUCUAACACUGCUAAAUUGGUGAAUAAGGUUUCGGAAGCAGCUGUCAAUAAGGAGAUUAUUUCUUUACAGGAUCUGUUGAUGAAAUCAACUUUAGAUUCGAUAUUCAAGGUCGGAUUUGGAUUUGAUCUCGAUACUUUAUCAGGAUUAGACGAGGUCAGUAAUCAGUUCAUGAUCUCGUUUGACGAUUCAAAUCACAUCAUCUUCUGGCGAUAUGUCGAUGUACUAUGGAGGAUAAAAAGGUAUUUCAACAUCGGAUCUGAAGCUACUCUCAAGAAAAACAUCAGAGUGAUCGAUAACUUCGUGUAUGAAUUGAUUGAACACAAACGGGAGCAGAUGAAAAACGGGAAACUCGAUGGAGAUAAAGACGAUAUAUUAUCUAGAUUUUUAAUCGAAAGCGAGAAGAAUCCUACAAAAUUGAGUGAUGAGUACUUGAGAGACAUAUCGCUAAGUUUCAUCAUCGCAGGGAAGGACACAUCUGCAAACACACUCACCUGGUUCUUUUACAUGCUCUGCAAACAUUCUCAAAUUCAGGAAAAAGUUGCCCUAGAAGUGAAAGAAGCCACUGGAUCAUCCGACUAUACAAACUCCAUUGAUGAAUUCUCCCUACAAUUAACCGAAUCCGCCCUUGACAAAAUGCAUUAUCUUCACGCAGCUUUAACCGAGACUCUCAGACUCUAUCCAGCUGUACCUCUGGAUGGAAAAAGUUCAGAGGAAGAUGAUGUUUUACCCGAUGGGUUCAAAAUAAAGAAAGGAGAUGGUGUAAGUUACAUGGCGUAUCCAAUGGGAAGAAUGACAUACAUUUGGGGAGAAGAUGCAGAGGAAUUCCGGCCAGAAAGAUGGCUCCACGAUGGCGUUUUUCAGCCUGAAAGUCCAUUCAAGUUUACUGCAUUUCAAGGUGGGCCAAGGAUGUGCUUAGGGAAGGAAUUUGCAUAUAGACAGAUGAAAAUAAUGGCAGCUUUUCUUGUGUUCUUUUUCAAGUUUCGAUUGGUGGAUGAGAGUAGGGAAGCUACAUAUAGAACCAUGUUUACCCUUCAUAUGGACAAAGGGCUCCAUUUAUAUGCAUUCCCUCGUUCAAAAGAGCCAAAUACUAAAUUUGUUAAUUAGGGGUUAAUACCUUUGUAAUAUACUAGUAGUAAUUUACGUGAUGUAAGUAGUCUCAACAAGUAAUUUACGUGAUGUAAGUAGUCUCAACAAGUAACAAUUGGGUAUCUUCGAUCAUGUCAAUGGUUUGGGCAAAAGGGUC